CUUCAACUUAGAUCUUUGUAGAGUAAACGCGACAAGGUAAUUUUGUCGGGUUUUGCGAAAGUUCUUUUAUCCCUUUGUUUAGUUAUUAGUUUCAUUGAAUUUUUGGAUUCUCUGGCAUCCUUCACUGCUUGACUUCAUCUUUCUUUUUUCUCAUUUUGUUUUCGUUCCUUAGAGAUUUUAGAGCUUUAUUAAAAUAAUGUCUUUGCGCGAUGCUUACCAUUGGCCUUCCCGUACUCCUUCUCGUAAGGGGUCAGCGAUCAAGUUGAACAAAACAUUGCGGGACCACCUAGAUGAUUUAGAAUAUAAAUUCACUGUUUCUACGGAUCUCUUGAAGCGCGUCACUGAACGUUUUGUGUCCGAGUUGAAGAAGGGCUUGACUACUGAACCAGGUGACAUUCCUAUGGUGCCUACCUGGGUUACUAGCUGUCCUGAUGGCUCAGAGACUGGUUCCUAUUUGGCCCUUGACAUGGGUGGUACUAAUUUGCGUAUCUGUGAGGUUGAUGUUCAAGGUAACGGCAAAUUCGACAUCAUGCAAAACAAAUAUCGCAUGCCUCAAGCCUUGAAGACUGGUACUCGUGAUGAACUUUUUGACUACAUUGCUACCUGUGUUAAGAAGUUUGUUGACGAAAAUCACCCUGAAGGCGACAAGCAAUUGGAGAUUGGCUUUACCUUUUCCUACCCUUGCAAACAACCCUCAAUUGAUGAAGCAAUCUUGAUUGCUUGGACCAAGGGAUUUGAUAUUGCUGGUGUUGAGGGUGAAAGCAUUGUUCCUAUGUUCAACGAUGCUUUGAAGCGUGUUGGUUGCAACAAUGUGACUUUGAAUGCUGUAUUGAACGAUACCACUGGUACUUUGGUUGCCUCAAACUACACUAAACCAGGUACUGAGGCUGGUGUCAUUUUCGGUACCGGUUGCAAUGCUUGCUACAUCGAGCGCUUUGAUGAGAUCCCCAAGCUUCACGGUUAUAAUUUCCCCGCAGACAUGCCCAUGAUUAUUAAUUGUGAAUGGUGCGACUUUGACAAUCAGCAUGUUGUUCUGCCUCGUACCAAGUAUGAUUUGGCUAUUGAUGCUGACCACCCUCGUCCUGGUUUGCAAACAUACGAAAAGAUGAUUGCUGGCUGUUAUAUGGGAGACAUUUUGCGCCGCAUUCUUUUGGAUUUGCAUGAGCAGGGUAUCUUGUUUGCAGGCCAAAAUGUCACCAAGCUUCGUGAUCCAUUGGCUAUGGAUACCUCUGUGCUGAGUAUGAUCGAGGUGGAUCCUUUUGAAAAUUUGGAUGAGACUCAACAGUUGCUUGAGAACACCUAUGGGUUAACCACUACUGAGGAAGAGCGUCAUUUGAUCCGCCGUGUCUGCGAAUUGAUUGGUACCCGUGCUGCCCGUUUAUCUGCCUGUGGUGUUUGCGCCAUUGUCCUCAAGACUAAGAAGCAAUCCCUGAUGGUUGGUACUGAUGGCAGUGUUUACAACAAGUACCCUCACUUUAAGGAACGUUUAGAAGCUGCCUUUAGAGAAAUUCUUGGUGAGGAGAUUGGCAGUAAGGUUAUCACUACUCCUGCCGAAGAUGGUAGUGGUGUUGGUGCAGCUUUGGUGAGUGCUCUCCAAGCCAAGGGUAAGGCUUUAACUAAGGAUAUUUUGAGAUCCAGAGUCAAGAACUAAGGAAACUAAGAACGGUACCUCCCAAUAUAGAAUUAGAUGUCUUGAAUCUCUUUUUGAUGCAUCAAAGUGUAUGUAGGCUGAAAAUGUAACAUUUGAAAGGUCUCGCUCUUAAAGAUUAAUGAAGGAGCGUAUGAAUAGAGAGUAUCUUUUAUUUGUUCCAUUCUAGGGAUCUUUACUCAUAUAGUGUCGACUAUAUUUUGUGGUGAUGACAGGGCAUGAAAGCCUAUUAAAAUAGUAGGUGUCUUACGCUGAAACACAUACGAACGAACUCACUUUUAUAUUUCUAAGGUUGAUAUGUUGGAUAAUAACCUACACUAAUUGUCUUUCAUAUCCUUACGAGUGAUUUUGUGAAUGAUAAGACUUUCAUUUGGGAUUAUACCUUGGGCGAAUGAGGUUUUAUUAGAAGGAUAGUAACAAGAAAACUUUUUUUCGGUACAGGAAAAGGUAUUGACAUUUGGAAUGAAGUAAAAAAUGAAAACUAGUGGCAGUGAAGUGUAGUAGCAUAGGCAUCAAAUGAAGCUAAGAAUUGUUUAAUUUCAAAAAUAAAACAUGUCAGCAUAUAGAGGAA